UGCAGUCACAACUGCCCUCCAGAGGUCUCUGCAAUGAUCACUCACCUGUAUCCCACCAGCUUGAUACUUGAGUAACACAUGGGGAAACUGAGGUACACACUCCGUAUUCAGAGACAACAUUCAGAACAUUCCCACUUCAUCACACCCCUCUGAGACCAGCCCACGGGCACGUUCUCCAGUGGCUGGAACCACUCUGACAAUACCAGCCCCUGAGCCUGAGCCUCCAGGUGAUGGAGAGACCUGGGGAAAGGGCUGGAGUGGGGCAGGGAAAUGACUCUGCACAAAGGGCCCCUUUCAGGGACCAGCUGGGGAGUGUGGCCCUACAUGGGGAGGGGCUCCCUGUGUCUGGGAGUCCCAGAGCUGCUGCCCUCAGUGACACAGCCGGGUUCAACCCCCGUUACCAGUGUCAGUGGCUGAGCUGCCUAAGGAGAGCAAAGGCCCACGACAAUUGGGCAGUCACCCGUUCUCCCAGGGUGGGGGAAGAAGAUGAAAAGGGAGAGCGGAGAGACUUGAAAGGCAGCAGGAGCAAGAAGUGGGGAGGGAGGUUCCCAGCUCCCAGCCCUGCCCCAUUCCCUGCACCCCCGGGGCAGUCAGCUCUCCUGGGAACAAGGGGAGGAGCUGAGAGAGGAAAAGCCAGUUGCUCACUCUGCUGAGCACCGCAGGACUGAGGGAGACGGGGGAGAGCUAGAGGGGUUACAAUACACUGUGGGGCAGUGCCGUAAAGUGACUCCUUUGAUUCUGCUCUUUUUCCAGUGUUUUUCUCAGAGAUGCUGUUCUGGGAAGUUUUAGAAGGGACUUGGUGGGUUUAGUUCUAAUGUGGGGGUUGGGUCCUGGCCAGGAUAGGAAUGAACUAACUGGGUUUCUUCGCAGCAUGGCAGAGUCCUAGAAUCAGAGCGUCUGUCUGCAGGCGGAGAGCCUUGGGAGAAUUGGGGGGGGGGGGUGACAUGGACUCCAGCCCCUUAUGAAACCUGCCCAAUCUUCCUGCUCCUCUGACAGGCUGAGGAAUCACGUCCACGUUUCACUCCAGAUCGUCCCGUCUUCCAGGAGACAGGGCAGGGAAAUGGCUGUGAUGGAGCCAUUUCAGAUGCCAGUGACCUUCGAGGAUGUGGCUGUGUAUUUCACCCAGGGGCAGGGGGCUCUGCUGGACCCUGCUCAGAGAGCCCUCUACAGGGACAUCAUGCAGGAGAACUACGAGACGGUGACCUCGCUGGGAUUCCCCAUUCCCAAACCUGACCUGAUCACUCAGCUGGAACAAGGGAAAGAGCCGUGGGUACCCGAUCUCCAGGCCUAUGAGGGAAGAGAGAUCCCAAGAGGCGCCCACACAGCAGAUGAUGAGAGAGUGAGUGAGAAUAAGGAUGGGAAUCGACAGCAGGAAGUUUCUGGGCAUGGGGAACCACAGGGGACCUUUGUGGGAAGAGCUGAAGAGAAAUUUUCCCAGUGCUUGGAACAGGGAGAAGCCUGGGAAAAUUGGCAGAGGUCAAAGAGUCUGCUGGGAAAACCCUUAAGGGAGCAAAUGGAUGAAUUUGUUAUAUAUGGGGAAGGACACAGGAAUCCCACAGCCAGGGAGACAACCCCCAAGGGAGACAAAUGCUAUGAAUACCUCGGUUCUGUUACGCUUCAGGCAAUAAAUACUGGAGAGAAAACACUUCAAUGGUUGGACUGUGGGGAAACCUUCAACAAGUGCUCAGAUCUUGCUAACCAUGGGAGAAGCCACCUGGGCGACAGAUCCUCUCGGUACCUGGAGGGCAGGAAUUGUUUGAUUUGGAAGUCAGCGCUGAUUACACAUCAGAAAAUCCACACAGGGGAUAGACCACAUAAGUGCUUAGACUGUGGGAAAAGUUUCACCUGGAGAUCAGCCCUUGUUAGACAUCAGGCAAUCCACACCGGAGAGAGACCCCAUAAGUGCUUGGACUGUGGAAAAAGUUUCCUAUGGAGGUCAGUCCUCGUUAAUCAUCAGGCAGUCCACACAGGAGAGAGAACCCACAAGUGCUUAGACUGUGGAAAAAGUUUCACAUGGAGAUCAGUCCUUGUUAGACAUCUGGCAAUCCACACCGGAGAGAAACCCCAUAAGUGCUUAGACUGUGCGAAAAGUUUCAUACGGAGGUCAGCCCUUGUUAAACAUCAGGCAAUCCACACUGGAGAGAUACCUUAUAAGUGCUUGGACUGUGGGAAAAGUUUCAUACGGAGGUCAGCCCUUGUUAAACAUCUGGGAAUCCACACCGGAGAGAGAUCCCACAAGUGCUUAGACUGUGGAAAAAGUUUCCUGCAGAGAUCACGCCUUCUUAUACAUCAGAGAAUACACACUGGAGAGAGACCCCAUAAGUGCUUGGAUUGUGGGAAAAGUUUCAUACAGAGGUGGGACCUUAUUAGACAUCAGGCACUCCACACCGGAGAGAGACCCCAUAAGUGCUUGGACUGUGGGAAAAGUUUCAUACAGAGAUCACAUCUUCUUAUGCAUCAGAAAAUCCACACCGGAGAGGGACAUAAGUGCUUAGACUGUGGGAAAAGUUUCCCAUGGAGGUCAGCCCUCGUUAAUCAUCAGAGAAUCCACACAGGAGAGAGACCCCAUAAGUGCUUGCAUUGUGGGAAAAGUUUCAUACAGAGGUCCGACCUUGUUAAACAUCAGGCAAUCCACACGGGAGAGAGACCCCACAAUUGCUUAGACUGUGGGAAAAGUUUCAGAUGGAGGUCAGCGUUUGUUAAACAUCAAGCAGUCCAUAAAAGAGGGAGACCAUAAGACUCUGGGAAAGGUUUCAGAAACAGAUCGGGCAAUCCACACAGGAGAGUGACCCCAUAAGUGUUUGGACCAUCUGAAAAGUUUCACAGAAAGAUCAAAUCUUAUAACACUCAGAGGAUCCACACAGGCGAAAGAUCCCAUCAGAGCUCAGACUGGAAAAAGUCUCCUACAUAGGUCAGACUUUGUUAAAAAUCAGCUAAUCCACACAGACCUUGCUAAAAAUCAGGCAGUCCACACAGGAGGGAGCCCCCAGAAGUGCUUGGACUGUGGCAAAAGUUGUACACAGAGAUCACACCUCAUUAAACAUUGGAGAAUUCACACACGAUCUAAACUUCUGUGGCACCUGGUUCGAAAGAGUUAAGAACCUUGCAUGCUCAUUGACCAGCUCCAACCUUUUGAAACAUGUUAGAAAUGUGUGUAAAUGUAUUUGGGGCCAUUCCAAGAAACAGAGCCUAGAACUUUGAAAUGUAAACUGGUGUUGUUAAAAAAUUGGAAGAAGAUAGUAGUGCUCUUGAUUAAUUGCAGUUAAGUCACGUGAUUAACUCAAAAAAAUUCAUUGUGAUUAGAAAAAUUAAUCUCGAUGAAUCACAUUGUUAAACAAUAGAAUA